AACGAUGAUCCGUUCCUGAAAACGGUUCCGGAGCGCACCGCUCUCUCUAUCCCUAUAAGCCGCUACCCCGUCUUCCACCGCGAAGAAUACCCUUUGCUAUGGCUCCUUCCAAAAUAAAACCCUCCCAGUUAGCAGACGCGGUUCUUGGCUCAAUCCUUGACGGUUCAUAUCCAGAUUCUGAUGACGUUGCGGGGGCUGUCCUCGAAGCCUCAGCACUCCCGGAAAUAGUCGCCUCCCUACAAAAGGCGAAGGAAAUCCUCUAUGUAUAAUUUCCCCUCAACUUGCGCUCGCAAGAAUCUAUGCUAACCGUUACCAGGAUGAAGUACGAACAGUCAGCCGAGAAAAUGGGCCUGAAGUUGAUUCGUGGAUAGCACAAGCCCGAAGGCUCCACAAUGAUAUCGAAUCAUCCAAAACGAAGGCAGACGAAAUAAUACAGCUAGCAGAACAAGAGAAGCAGCUCGACCUUGAACUUGAAGAUUCCACUAUGCAAGCUCGAUUACUAGGAUCCGAAAUCGAAUUCAACGAGGCCUUAACAGAGAUAUUAUCAAAGUUACAGUUAAUUGACCUCACCAUAUCCCAAAUCGAGCAUUUAUUGAAUACCGGGGAACUGUGCCAGGCUAUUGAGACCCUCGAUAAUGUCGAAGUUGCCCUUGAAAAGCUACCAGUGUCUGGAGGAACGAUCGUUAUCAGCUUGAUAGGAGAGAGAGCAAAGGGCUUGAGGUCGAUAUUAGCUAAGAAAAUAGAGGAUUGCUGGAAAUAUCUCUUAAAAAUCGACUCCCGAAAGAGCGAGAUUUCAAUCUAUAGAGAUACGGCAGGUAAGAAAAAUUAUCCAGCCCUCUAAUCCUAACAAACUAAUACUAGAUAUAAGGCUCCAGUCCAUCGGCCGAAAAUGUCAUUGAAGCUCUGAAGAAAUUGGAUCUCCUCAACGGAAAAAUAGACUACUUGCAUCACCAAAUCGACUCAUUACUUGUCGCACCUCGACUUGACUUGCUAAAAGGCCCAGCUCCCACAUUCUCAAUGAGAGGGAAUACCUUGCGCAUUAGUGGAAACACCAGCGACCUAAGCGCAGCACGUAUGUUUAACGAUUUGCGCCAAAUUAUUACCUUCUUCAACAGAAACCUUCCGUCGGGAAUCGCCCCCGUGUUCUCCCGUAUCUUUAUACCCAACCUGACUACACGAUUAAUGUCUUCUCUAUCAUCCUCUGUGCCCUCAUCGUUAGACGAUUUACCAAAAUUUGAAGCACUUCUUAAAGAAACGAGAGAAUUUGAAAACUUUUUGCAUCAGAUAUCUUGGACGAAGGAGACAGAGUUGCGAGAAUGGACCGAACGAGCACCGAAAGUAUGGCUGUCAAAGAGAAGAGAGGCCUCGUUAGACAAAGCUAGGCAAGUAUUAUCACAUGGUACUAGUGCCGUUAAAGUUGUAGAAAGAACGGAGACACAAAAGGUGAAGGUGACUCCCCCCACAGAAAGAAGGUACCCAUUAGGUGCCCAAAUGGAAGAUGUCUGGAACGACGAUCCCGGUUGGGGAGAUGAAGGCAUGCCUGUAGAUACUACUACAGCGGCGACACCGCUCCAAAUUGACAUGGAUGACGAUGAUGCCAGCGGUUGGGGCUUAGAUGAGGAUAUCGACAUCGAAGACGAAGAACAAAAGGAAGAUGAGAAACCUGGCAAGCCAGGAGAUGCCUCAACUGAGGAUGACGGUUUGGACAACCUUGAUUGGGGGGAAUGGGGAGAAGACGACCCAGGGAUCGAAGCUCAAGAGCCUACGACAGCUUCCGGCACAGCUCCGGCGAAGAAGCCAGCAGAACCUCAGCCAGCGAAAAGCCCGUCGAGUUCUCACUCUAAGGACAUCACGCUUAGGGAAAGCUAUACAAUUACCUCAAUACCCGAUGCAAUCAUGGAGAUCAUUGUCCAAGUGGUUGACGAAGCAAAGCGAUUAUCAACUGCGCCCCCCUCUUCCGUCACGCCGGCUGCUCCUGGCAUGUUAUCAAUUCCUUCUCUCGUUCUCGCCGCUUACCGGGCACUAGCACCGAUUUCCUAUUCCACAAAUAUAUCAUCUAACAUGUACAUCUACAACGACAGCGUUCGGAUAGCCGAGCAACUACAAGACUUAGGGGUCACGGCAGAACCAAUUCACCCAAAUAAUAACUGGGAUACCGAUAUCAAUCUCAUCCAAUCCUUUGGCAAACGCUAUUACGCCAAGGAGAUAGGCCUUCAGCGAACGAUACUCCGCGACUUUCUUGAUGGUGCGCAAGGUUUCGUGGGCUGCACUAACUUCCCCCAAUCGUCAGACUGCCAAACCGCGAUCGCAUCGGUAGUCGCUCGGAUAAAGGAAAUUCACACUAGCUGGUCUCAAGUGCUUUCACCAUCAGUACUCUUCCAGUCUGUCGGCCUACUUCUGAAUACGGUUGUUACAAAACUUAUCAACGACAUCGAGGACAUUCCCGACAUCCCAGCCACAGACUCCGAGAAAAUAUGCGCAUUCUUUGAGGAAAUUACGACGCUGGAAAGGUUAUUCCCCGACGCUCCCGGUGGAGCAGGAGUUUCCAUAGCCGGGUUCCAUUGCAAGAACUGGCUCAAGUUCCGAUUCCUGCAGCAAAUCCUAGAUAGCAGGAUCGCGGAUAUCUUGUACAUGUUUAGAGAGGGGCAUUUGGAAGGCUUUGAAACGGGGGAGUUGGUGGAUCUUGUCGAAGCGCUGUUUGCGGAUAACGAUAAUCGGAGGAAGUGUGUAGAUGAGAUUCGGAGAGGGGGACACUAGCGCCUGGGAGCAUUUACGGGGGAUGUCAUAAUUGGUUUCUGGGCGUGUUAUAGCUUCUACUCGGGCUGAAUGAGGAUAGAUGUGCACGAAUAAUGAGAGGAGAUACGAGUUUAUUGGGUUUAAGUCACAAUUGCUUGGUGUAAAAUUGAGAGGCUGAGGGCAAUACCGGUAUGCCAAGUGAGGGGAAGUGGCUAGAAGUGGGGUUAGCGCAGGUUCAAUGGGUCAUCGGCGACUCGAACAGUUCGGCAGCUACAGCCACGUUCAGCAACAGACACACCGUAC